AUGGCAAGUGCUUCGACAGACAGCACAAGUGUUGUUGAUCAUGAAGUCAAAGAUCUUCUCACUUGCACAUUGUGCUCUAGAUAUUUAAAUGAUCCAAGGAGUUUGACUUGUCUUCAUCAUUUCUGUAAAGGAUGUUUAGGAAAGUAUGUUAAACGUCUACGUGGAGGUGACAAGAAUAUCGAAAUAUUCCCUUGCCCAACAUGUCACUCAGAGUUUACACUUAAGCCAGAUCAAGAUGUCGCUGAGGUGCAAACUAAUCAAUUUCUAAAGAAUAUCCUGGAAAUUAUGGAAAUUCAGCAAAAAGCUAAAGCGUCUACUGCAUGUUCGCGCUGUCAUAACCCUGCCAUCAAUCUCUGCGUGUCAUGCGAAAUACGCAUGUGCAAAAAGUGCUCCGAGGCCCAUGACAACUGGUUCACUAAGAAGAAUCACGAGGUGUUGUCCAUUCAGGAACUGAGCAUGCCCGAGGGUCAGGCAAAGGUAAAAAGCAAGCCUUACUGCAAGCAACAUAAGGAAAAUGUACUCGAAGUUUAUUGUGAAACGUGCAAGGAACUCUGUUGUAUACACUGCAUGUUGUUAAGUCAUCAGAGGCCAGACCAUUCCUGCGUGGCUGUGAGCGAGAUUGCAAAGAGCCAAAGAGAAACUUUGCAAUCGAACUGUGCAACACUGGUCGAGAAAUUAUCCGAAGGGAAAGUGGCAUUGAAAAACAUCGCUCAAGUGAUGAAAUCUCUCGGGGAUAAUGCUAAAACAGCGAAAGAACAAAUCAGGGAACACAAGAAAAGUAUCUUAAAAGUUGUGGCGGAGAAACUUGACGAGAGAGAAAAGAAAAUGAACGAAGAAGUGGACAAGAUUUAUGAUGAAUUAUGCAAUGAACUGUGCGAACAAAAUGAUGAAAUUAAAGGUUAUCUUAGAAAAGUCCAGGUCUCAAUCUCCUUUCCGAAAAAACUGCUGAAAGAGGGGUCUAUCGAAGAAAUUCUCUCAGCACGGAAACUGAUUGAUGAGAAUAUUGAGAAGCUACAGAAAGAGCAACCGUAUGAUCUCACCCCAGCGAAUGAUGGUGAUAUUCAGUAUGUACCUGGGGAUAUUAGCCAAGUCAGUGCUGAUGGAAUUGUUGAUAAAUUUGGACAAGUAAAAGAUGAUGCCCUCAUCCCCGCUAAUCUAAAAACGUCCUCAAGUAUUUUGGAAGGAAAGGUAGCCUUCAUGAGACGGUUACACAAGUGGGUGGGAGAUAAAUGUAAAUGGAAUCUCUGUUACCGGGCUUCAAGAGAUGGCUGGAGCGCCCAAACGUUUCAUUCACGUUGUGACAAUAAAGGACGGACUGUGGUUUUGGUGAAAGCCAAUAAUUGUAUCUUUGGCGGAUACACUGACCAAAGUUGGUCUACAGGCGGUAAUUGGAGAAACUCAAGUUCGUCAUUUCUAUUCUCACUACAGAACAAAGACAACCUUGCCCUUGGUCCAUUCAUUGCCAACAUCAAACAAGGUCAGCAGCAGCAUGCAAUCUGCUGUUCGUCUUCAUAUGGGCCAAACUUUGGUUCAGGUCCUGACCUGCGCAUUUGUGGCAGUCCUAACGUAAAUCAGUCAUCCAGCAAUUUUGGAAACACCUACCAACUCCCUCCUGGCUAUGAUUGUGGCAGCGAACAAGCAUAUAAACUUCUCGCAGGUCAAAAGAGUUUUAUAACAACAGAAAUUGAAGUUUUCAACUGACUUUUACCUAAUAAGGUAAUGAAAACGGCAUAAGAGUACAUUAUCAGAAAUAAUAUUUGUAGUCAUGAAAAUAUGGUCAUAAAAGUGUGGCUCGAGGAAAGAGGAACGUGGUA